AUGUCAUCAUUUCUUACCAGUUUAUUUCUUUAUUGUUUGAUUAAUUCUGUCCAGUCCUCAUCAAAAAAUCAGACAGAAACAAUUAAUACACUUAAUAUUGAUAUUAAUUAUGAAGAAAACGAUACAAUUGUAUUACUCUAUAAUUUAACAACAAAGUAUUCGCAUUAUAUCACAUUUCGUGCCUUCGGAGAUGUGCAAUUUCAAUUCGGCUUGUUUUCAUCAACGAACAAAUCCGAGAAAAAUUCGCUGGAAAUAGCACAUCAUUACUCAUCGAGUGAACCAUAUUAUUUAUUUAUAGUCUGUUUUCAUUUUCUUCAAUUUAAUGAUCUCGAUAUUCAAUGCAGAGACAUACGUUUGCUAAACGUCAGACAGCUUGAAUCGAACGCAUCAAAAGAGUUUCUUCCGUCGUACAAUCCGUUAUUUGUGCCAAUGAUGUAUGCACUGAGUGUUGUAAUGCUUUUACCUGUCAUUGUUCAACAUCAUCGUCAUAAAAAAGCAUUGUUACUUCAAAGACGGCAGACAUUGAGACGUUUAUCCAUGCAAAUAGCUGACGAUGAUCAAAUUCCGCAGCAGAAUCUACUGAAAAAUAUUCUGUUACAAAUCAAAGAUGACGGAAAUACGAAUUAUGAAAAUCUUUGCUUGGAAAUGGACACGAUCUCCGAUUCAGUGCCUAAAGUUAACCGAAAUGAUCUCAGCGACAAUAAUGUGACAUUUACAUUAGAAAAUCUCCAACCACUUAUUCAUCGGCGUGAUGGUAAUGAUAUCGAUGAGCAAGUGGAUGUGAAUGCUGAUGAUUGUGUUGCACAUCUUUUGAACAAUACACCUUGGAAUUCGUCUCAAACGGAACAGCCAUUAUCCACUAAUUUAUCAAGGCAUGCCUUUAUACAUGAUUGGACUACAGCUACGAAAGAACAGAAUGUUCCACCAACCGUUAUUUCAUUUCAUGAUGAUGACGACGAUGAUAGUGAUCAAAGGCCGAUAUUAAAACCAAAUAAGCAAGCAAGCAGAGCUUCGUAUAAAAGUAAUAGGGUGUUUUUUGAAACAGAUGUAUAA